AUGACAGCCAAGUCUGAGGUUACGCUCUCCAGACCGUCCGAAUGGGCUUCCUGGUACGACGAUUUCGUCUCAAGGGCUGAGACUUCCAAGGUCUUUGGCUUUGUCGAUAUCGACAAGGAUGCUCCGAUCCUGGAGGAACCAAAGGAGCCUAUGACUUCCGAGGAAAUGCUUGAGUCACUCAACAAGUCUGCCUUUAACGCUUGGGCACGCGCAUACCAGCAGAACGCUGCAUCUGCCGGACCAAGACCAGACCCGGCCACUGACCUCAACGAUGGUCAGUGGACCCGACUCACACGUCUUCAAUCCGAAUACAAAGUCAAGCUAGCGACCUUCGCCAACCGGCAGCGCGCCUAUGCUGAACUCGCUGUUUGGGUCCGAUCAACUGUCGAUAAAACCUAUCUUGGCAACACGACUUCCAAGUCUGACCUUCGCGUUAUUGUCCGCGACCUGAAAUCAAGCCUUGCGCCCUCUGAAGACGAACAGAAAGAGGAAGCACGCUUAAGAUACCGUCAGGUCCUCACCCAGACAAAGAGAGUCAAGCCGGAGGACUGGCUCGUGGCUUGGAAUAAAGCCAAGUUAGAAGGCGAACGACACAAGAUCGCCGAGCUUGAAGGACAGUCUGCCCUCAAUGACUUUCUCACAGCGACGUCUGCCUUUGAUGCGACAUGGGCAAGCCAGCAGAAGGUCCACAUCAUGAACAGCAAAAAGUUCGGCCUCAAGAUUGAUGUCACACUACGCGCAUUGGGCGAACUGUUCCACGAGCAGUCCAGCCGCGUCAAGACCUGCAAGGAAGCUCUCAAGCAAGCCAAGUGGAAGAGUCUUGUAGACACGGUCAAGGCCUCGGCAGCCACUGCCAAGACAGAUCAAGCAGGAGAUAAAGGAAACCCACGCAAACAUGGCGACUUUGCCGGACUGACAAUCGAUGCAAAAGGCCUCACAAGUGGAACCACCGACUCGGUCUUUUCAGCUCGCGAGAAGCAUCCUCUUUACAAUUCGACGAUCUAUGACGGUGGAGCAACUACCCAUAUCGUCAAUGACAAGAGUCUGCUGACCGACAUCCGCGAAGCUGAGGAAACCGACUACGUUAUGAUCGGAGAAGGUUCCUUGAAGGUCGAAGCACGGGGCACUCGAAGGGUGGAAAAUGUUCUGGAUGGCGAAAACGGAAGAAACACACGCGCCCUUGUUCUUCUCGACGUUGCGCAUGUGCCACGAUUCCACACGAACAUUGUCAGCGCGAAGAAGCUUGCAAGGAAGGGUCUAUGGCACUGUGGGGUCGACAACACGCUUCGAAUGGGAACCUAUGACGACAAUGAUAUCCUUUGUCGGCUUACAGACCAGUACGAUCUCGACGUAGUCGAAUACAAGCCAGUUUCCCGCUCUUACUUCAAGCUUCCACAAUCACUGAUCUCCGUGUUCAACGCCUUCCAAGGCGUAUUUUCUUCCUUUCAGACAGACAACACUAGGCCAAGACGGCAGAGAAUGGCGAUUUCAAGGGUUCCGCCUCCACCACGAUUGAUUCGUCCGAAACCUGGCAUCACCGAUCCUGCCACGCUGGGCCACAAGCACUUGAACAACUUGUCUUACAGACAAGGGCGUCCGGAUCAAGGGCCCAACCACCGUUCAGUGCACGGCCUGUGGCACCGGCAAGGCAACCGAGAUUAUCUCCGCAGGAAUCCCGAACAAAUCAAGGCAACCGUUCUUUCGGGUCUUUAUCGACAUUUUCGAGUCCCUGCGGCAUACAACGGACACCGCUACGUUCUACUUGUCACCGACGAGUUUAGCGGUAUGAUGUUUUCCUGGUCCUUGACUUCAAAAACGGAAGUUAGCCAGAUCAUUAAGGACUUUGAAGCCCGAGUUAAACGACAUACGGGUGCAUCGAUCUGCAAGAUCAAAAUCGACAACGAAAGGACCAUCAUCAACCUGCCCUUCCAACGCGAUUCCGAGUUCCAGAUCUGGGCUACAGAAGUAGGCAUUGAGAUUGAACUUCCGCCGCCGCACACCAAGGAACCGACUGGUGGUGCGGAACGACCUGGGGGUAUUAAUCAGCAACGAAUGCGCUGUAUGUUCGGCCUUCUGCCGCAAGAACUCUGGCCAGAAGUCUAUCGUGCAGCCGUUUGGAUACACAAUAUCCUUCCAAGCCGGAGGAACGACUGGAUGUCGCCUGAGGAGAAAAUGGACCGUUGGUUUCACCAACACUUUCGAUGGUACAGACCGCCAAACGUCGACUUUGAUGCAAACAAGGAUCUCCGACCAGACUGGCGUGGGGUGUAUGCGUAUGGAUGCAAAGCAUAUCCCCUGAACAGCCGAUACAAGGCCCGGAAAGACAUCAAUCAAUUCAAGCUUGGCCCACGAGCACACGUUGGAUACUUUGUUGGCUACCACGCCAGCAAUAUCUAUCGCAUCUGGGUCCCCAAGCUCAAUCAGGUUAUCCUGUCCCGAGAUGUACGAUUCAACGAGGAGGAAUUCUUUGAUCCAGAGAAGGAAGAACAGCUCGAGACUGAGGCAAUCGCCGAGUACAAGCCAACGUCACAGGCGCUCGAUCCGCUUCCUCAGCGAGACUGGGACACGCUCUUGGAUGAAUUUCUCUAUGAGUUUGAUCAUCAUAUCUUGGGGUUCGACCUGGAGGCUCUCCAGUGGAAACCACGCGGCAAAACGCGCACCCGCCGCAGUCAACAGGAGAUUUACGGUGACCAGCCAACUCGCAAGAGUGACCGGACACCAAAGCCAAAGAGGAAGCACGAUGAUUACGUCAACAGCGUUUUCACGGCCCUGCUUCCAGCGGAUCAACAUCCAGAGGGAAACCUCGAAACAUUUCAUAGUGUCUUUCUUGCCGCAGUCUCUAAGACGGCACGAGAUCAUCGAUUUCACCGCGAUGACCUUGUACGACUCCCUAAACGCUACCAGGAUCUAGAAAACCACCCGAUGGGCCCAGACUUCAAAGAGGCCAUAAGGAAGGAAUUGCACGAUCUCCUCCGACGUGGCACCUGGAGACUGGUCGAACGCAGCAAGGCACAGGGAUCGCCUCUUCCACUGAAGUGCAAAGCUCGGAUCUGCGUCCGUGGCGACCUGCAGGACGAGGACGACGGACGGGAGACAUAUGCAGCCACCCUUGCAGCAAAAACCUUCAGAAUCGUGAUGGCAAUCGCAGCCCGAUUCGGUCUUGACGUUAGACAAUUCGACGUUGGUAACGCCUUCCUGUACAGCGACCUAAAGAAGGACCAUCCCGUCUACGUCCGGCUCCCGCAAGGCUUUGCCUUGUAUGGUCUUCGAGAGUCUCCACUGCUCUGGUACAAUGAGAUCUCCCAGGCCCUCAAGGAGGCAGGGAUUGACCGUACGGAUGAAGAACCUUGUGUGUUUACCAACGGCAAAAUCCUGGCUCUUGUCUAUGUCGACGACAUCUUGAUUCUCAACCCACGGCAAGAGAAGAAGGCGGUAAACGACCUGGUCCAGCAUCUCCAAUCCAAAUACGAUCUGCGCGAAGAAGAAUUUAAGUGGUAUCUUGGCAUCAGAGUUGUAAGGGAUCGACCAAACAGGAAGAUCUACCUCUGCCAAGACGCGUACGUCGAGAAAAUUGCGCGAAAGUUCAAGCUCAGCGACUUGAAACUCCGAGUACCAUCAAUCCCCAUCGCGACGAUCCCGCUCGUCAAGUACAACGGGCAGGCUACCAAGGAAGAGAUAAAGGCGUAUCAGGAACGAGUUGGAUCCUUGAUGUAUAUCGCGGCCAUGACCAGACCCGAUAUAGCACGAGCAGCAGCCCAGCUCGCGAGGUUCCUGACAAACCCAUCGCCUGAACACCUUGAAGCCGCAAACCAAUGCAUCCGAUACCUAUACUCAACGAGAUUCCUUGCAAUCAUGUACGACGGGAUGCAUCAGGAGAGGUACUUGUGA